AUGGGAGAAGAAACAGCGAGACACGAUUAUCGAGAGGAGGAGAAACAACCGAGAGAUUUAGCUCGCUCUGUAACCUUGUGCAUAUUUCUCAAAAAGAUUUCAUACACACUCCUUGUCAUUGCUCUUAUCUUGGGAUUGGUCGCUUUGACAACGUUGUUUAUACUUGAGAAGAACAAAGUCGAAGAUCAACAGCAUUCCUUACAACAUCAACUAAAUUUCCAAGAAAAGGAGAAAAAAUGGACUGAACAACAAUUAUCUCUACGGUUGCAAGUGAGCAAUUUACAAGAAAAAUACGACAACAUCUCAGAAGAAAAUCAAGUCCUCAAAGAAGAAUUAUCUGGCUUACAAGAAAAACUUGGAAACUUAACUGGUUGCCCCGAUUAUUGGUUUCCUCUAGAAAAUAACUGCUAUUUAUUUUCUAAUGCCACUGCAACAUUUAGUGAAGCACAACAUGUUUGUGCUAGAGACAGCGCUUACAUCCUUGAAGAUUUAAGCCCAGAGGAAAAGUCUUUUACAAAGUCGAGAGUUUUUACCUUCAUGUGGAUUGGCGUGACAGAUAAUCUGAAAGAAGGAGUCUAUGUCUAUGAGUCUACGGGAUCCAGAGUGACCAAUGGCGAUUGGGUCAAAGGUCAACCACAAGGAGGAAGAAAUGAAAACUGUGCAGUAGCUUUGAAAGAUAGCAAUUGGCAGUGGCAUGAUUAUCCAUGUAGUCAUAAGUUUGAUUAUGUCUGCAAGAAAAGUAAAGAAGGAUUAGUGUAAUUGCUGACAAAUCUGUAAACAAACUAAGGAAUGUUAAUUUUGAUGUCAUCAUGACAUAAUGAAUUUCUUUUCUCCAUAUUAUCCUUAUCAAAAACAUG